UGAGGACACACCGUCUCUGUGAGGACACACCGUCUCUGUGAGGACACAUCGUCACUGUGAGGACAGUCAGGACGUCCACAAUGUCUCCAUAUGAGUCUGACAUGAAGGACCAGACAUCAGGUUGUGGGUGGAGUGUCGGGAGGCGGAGCUUCACCAACAGUCGUGAGCGUUGGCGGCAGCAGAAUGUUAACGGAGCGUUCACUGAGCUGCGCAGGCUCCUCCCCACUCACCCCCCCGACAGAAAGCUGAGUAAGAAUGACAUCCUACGCCGCGCCCUCAGAUACAUCCACUUCCUGGACCGACUGCUGGACGAGCAGAACCUCGGGAAGGUUCCCCAGGUCCGACUGGAGAGUCUGGAGCAGGAGCACAGACUGCAGGGGGCGCUGUCUUCACCAAACUAUAGUUGUGAGAGUUCAGAGGAGCAGGAGAGCGGAGGAGACGCUUACCUGAGGUGUCUUCACGUGGAGACGAGCUGAGGACAAGGUUGUCUACAGACUUAUCACACACAGUUGUGUAACUGUUGUUGUUGUUGUUGUUGUUGACAGAACCUCAUGUGCUUUCUUUAAUGUUAAAGGAACAGUUUUGUAGAAAAACCUGUGGUUUGUUUAAAUGAAUCUGUAAAAUUCAGAAAAAUUCAACAUUAACUCUUUAAAGGAACAAUUCAGUUUUUUGAAGAGUAUGAAGUACUGACACAUUGUCGGAACUGACUGUGCUGUGAGCGCCCCCUGCUGCUGAUAACCAGAGACUCAGUUUAGGUCUCUGAUAUCUACGUCACAUGUUCACGUCUUUAUAUCACUGUUUGACGGACUUU